CUCUCCUCCAUCAACAAUUACACUUGCAAGCAUGGGCUUUCCACUAUCGACAUACUCUACAACUGAGACGACGACGAGAGAAGCGGAGAGUGCAAAGCCACCCAAUGCAGCGGAGGUGUUGGCCGCAAAAGUCGAGAGGAUCGCGACCACCCUCCUACAAUCACAAUCUCGAAGACAUCACAACCGCACCACCCAUACCCACACCGAAGGAACCUCGAGGGGAGCAUGUUGUUUAGAGGGAUACAGCGUGGAACGUUUCGCCGAAGAUCUCCAACCUGACGAUAAAUUCGUACAACGCAUCUUCGAACUGCUCCUCAAAGAAACCGCAAUGCGGGCACGUCAAUCCAACACCGCCUCCUCCUCUGUCUCAAACUCCGGCUUCUCAACCCCCGCACCAAAACCGGAAGAACCCCUCCCCUCACAGCUGCACCAGAGACCGAGAGUCGUCGCCGCACCAACCCAAGCCUGGGCAUACGACGUCACGCCCCCCAUGGGUUCAUAUCCCUACGAAAGCGCGGAGUGGGAAGAGGGCGAGAGUGAGGAGUACGAGUUUACGGAGGAUGAGGAGGGUGGGGAGGAUGUGGAGGGGGAGAUGUGGAGUCCGGUUGAGGUUGGGAGUGGGUGGGUUUAGUCGAGUCAAGUCCGAAGGGGUUGGGUUUGGGGAAGUGGAUGGGAGAAAAGGAUACCAUGCGAUCAUGCAAUCGCAUACGACACACUACAGAACAUUGCGCUCUGCUACAAUGGCAAUUGGCAACUGGCUUCUACGGGACAACGAGGAUUUUCGGAUUUUUGGAGUUUGAUUCAUUAUAUCCAGGGUGAGGUGCUUGAUAGCAUAGUGAUGAGACUUUUGGUUUUGCUUUAUUCAUUUGAGUGUGCUCUUCAUGCUCUGCGUCCUGACUGCGCAGUGCUCGAAUGGUGCAUACACCCCGGUGGUCUCUAUAACCGACAUCCUUUGUAGCCCUGUCGCCCGACAUAGGCGUGAAUUGCUCGC